GUAGGUAGAUUGCUUCUCUGUUUCCGAAUCUUCGAGCAUUCCUAUUGGCUCCAUCCUGAUUGACACGUGACGUCCUCAGGUUUACAAGAACCCUAUUUGUCCAUUGCAGCACGUUCCUGGAAGCACAACACGGAAGCACCUGAACAGCCCUUUCUCUAUUGGUCGCGUUUGCAUUCACGUGACUACGCUGCCUCCACGCCUCACGGUGGUUACUGAGAACUUGCCACCGUGAUUGGUAGGUGAACUGUCCGUCAUGCCUUGGUCUCCCACGCUGUCGUGGCGUAAUGCUCUCCUAUUGGCUAGCAGUGUAGCCCGCCCAUCUCCCACAGUGAAGCCUCCUCACUUCCGCCAAGCCCGGCGUCUCGCAGGUUGCCUGCGCUCAGGAGACCUGACGCGCGCCAUGGCGUCCCGGGGCCGUCGGCGGAGGCCGGGCACAGUGGUGCCGGGGGAGGCGGCCGAGACGGACUCGGAGCUGUCGGCGUCGUCCUCGGAGGAGGAGCUGUACCUGGGCCCCGCGGGGCCGACGCGCGGCCGCCCCACGGGGCUGCGCGUAGCCGGGGAGGCGGCGGAGACCGACUCGGAGGCCGAGCCGGAGCCGGCGGCGGCGCCCCGGGACCUGCCUCCGCUCGUGGUGCAGCGGGGCGCGGCGGCCGAGGCCGCGGCCGGCGAGGCCUGGGCGGCCGAGGAGAGCCCGGCCGCCGCGCCCGUGCGCUCGCUGCUGCAGCUCCGGCUGGCCGAGAGCCAGGCGCGGCUGGACCACGACGUGGCGGCCGCCGUGAGUGGCGUGUACCGCCGGGCGGGCCGCGAUGUGGCCGCCUUGGCUGGGAGGCUGGCGGCCGCCCAGGCCGCGGGGCUGGCGGCCGCCCACAGCGUGCGCCUGGCGCGCGGGGACCUCAGCGCGCUGGCAGAGCGCCUGGACAUCGUGGCUGGCUGUCGCCUGCUGCCGGAUAUCCGCGGUGUGCCGGGAACCGAACCGGAGCAAGACCCGGGGCCGCGGGCCUAGCCGGGCCUUGUGAGUGUGCGGCCCCCACCACCUGACUGCUGCUUCCAGGGCCUGGCUCUUUCCUUGUGCUGCCUGUCACCACCCCUUGGUCGUCCUGGGACUCGAGGGCUAACCCGAACUCCAUGGAUAGUGCUCUGGUUUCUCUACUUGGGCCUCAGCGUGUCCCACCACUCCUACCCUCUCUGACUUUUGUUUCACUUUGAUUGUACUGGUGCUGCGGCUUGAACUCAGGGCCUGUGUGCUGUCCUU